UGUGUCUGUGAUCAUCACCAAAAAAAAAAAAAAAAUCUGUGUGUGUGAUAAUUUCCACUAUUUGUUUUUCAGUUUUCACAUUUUCUUGUAUUGUCUCAAUUAAGGGAAAAAAAACAAAAAAAAAAAUCCUGCAAACUGUCUUUUAUUUCUGAAAACCAAACUUUCUUCAUACCUUGAUUUCGACUUGGCAAAAGAAACAGCGCAGAGGAUAGUUGAGUGAAGCUACUUAUUUCUCUCAAGCUCUAUUUACUUUCUGGUAUUCUCAGACAGAAACAGAGACUAUCAACAAAAAUGGCCGAAUAUGCUGCCCCUGCUGCUGUCGAAAUUGUGGCAGACCAGGCAAAGGAAUACGCAUCACCCUAUCUCCGUUACUUUUUCCGUUAUGGAGAGAUUGUUGAAGAUUUCAAGAAUCAACGAGAAGCACUUGAAUUGAAGAAAGAGAGGGUGAAAAUUCGUGUCGAUGAGGCUGAAAGGCAAAAUGAGCUCAUCCAUAAGGACGUUGACAACUGGCUUACAAGCGCUGAGAAAGAACUGAAAGAAACCCAGAACUUGAAAGAUGAAAUAGAUCGCGUCAAGUGUUUCAAAUGGUGUCCUAAAUGGGGCUGGCGAUAUUCCUUAAGUAAGAAACUGGCAGAGAAGAUUCCUAUUAUCUCUAAACUUUUAGAGACUUCUAACUUUGCACAGGUGGGCUAUCGUCGUCCUCUUCAAGGAAUAGAAUUCAUCAGAUCCACUGAUUUCAUGCACUCUAAAUCUUCAAAAUCAGCUUUCAACCAGAUCAUGGAGGCUAUAAAUGCUAAGGGUGUCAACAUGAUCGGACUGCAAGGAAUGCCAGGAGUUGGUAAAACAACUUUAGCCAAAGAAGUUGGGAAGCAUGCUCGAGAACAAAAGUUCUUUGAUAAAGUUGUGAUGUUUACUAUGUCCCAAAAUGCAGACAUCAACAAAAUUCAAGAUAAAGUUGCAGAUAUUUUUGGUUUAAAAUUUGAAACAAGUAGCCAAGAAGGAAAAGCAGAAGAGCUAUUCAGGAGUAUGCAACGCGUGAAAAAAAUCCUUGUAAUUGUCGACGACCUCUGGGAAGAAUUCAAAUUAGAGGAUAUCGGAAUUCCAUUCGGUGAUGACCACAAGGGUUGCAAAAUUCUUCUGACUACACGUCAACAACAAGUCUGCAGUAAAAUGAAGUGUCAGAAGGAAAUUCAACUUGGCAUCUUAUCCAAAGACGAAGCAUGGGUUUUAUUUCGAGAUAAAGCUGGUUUAGAAGAUGAUUGUUCCACGUUGAAUGAUGUAGCCAAAGAGGUUGCUGCUGAAUGUAAGGGAUUGCCUCUUGCAAUUGUUGUCGUGGCCAAAGCUUUAAAAGGUGAGAGUUUAAAUGGGUGGAGAGACGCAAAUCAGAGAUUCAAGGACUCAACGCAUUUGUAUGAUGAAGAAGUCCUCGGGGGUGUCCUCGAGCCUCUUAAGCUUAGCUACGAUUACUUGAAGAAAGGCAUUAACCAAAUGACGGGAAUAAAUGACAUCCAAAUUUGUUUCUUACUGUGUUCCCUUUUUCCUGAAGAUGAAGAAAUCGAUACUGAGAUAUUGAUUAUGUGCGGAAUUGGAGUAGGAUUGUUCCCUAAUUUUUACUCGAUUGAAGAUAAAAGGAAGAAAAUUGUUGAAGCACUAAAAAAACUCCAAAAAUCUGGCUUGUUAUUGGAAACUGAUGGUGCAGAUACGAUUAGAAUCCAUGAUGUGAUUCGAGAUUUUGCUCAUUGGCUAACAUCAACGGGAGAAAAUAGGUUCAUGGUAAAAGAUACGUUGAAAGAAUGGCCUCAUAUGGAUGAAAGUUAUACUGCAAUCGCUUUAUGGAAUUGUAGUAGUAUCAUAAAUAUUUUUCCUGAUAAAGUGGAAUUUUCAAAGCUCAAAACUUUGUUUUUAGAGGGCGAGAGGAAGAGGAACCGAGAUGAUUUCUUAGUGGUUUUGGGUACAUUUUUUGAAGAAAUGAAAGCCCUCCAAGUUUUACUUCUCAAACGUGUCAGCUUCUCACUGAAAGGAUUCCCUUCCUUACCAAAUCUUAAAACUUUGAGGUGUUAUGAUUGCAUGCUGAAAAACUUCUCAUCAUCUCUGACAAAUAUGAGAAGCCUUGAGAUUCUUGCAUUGAUUGCCACUGAAAUUGAUGAGAUAAGUGAAGAAUUAGUGAAGUUGUCUGCACUGAAAUAUUUACGUCUUUCUGGUGUUGGAGUUGAAAGAGAAAUGAAUAUCCCCCCAAACUUGGUAUCAAGGUUGACUUCACUACAAGAGUUACAUGUCAUACCCAAAAAUAAUCUCAACUUAUUGGAGUUGAAGUCAUUGUCUCGUUUAACUGCACUAUCACUGAGACUUUCUGCUAAUCAAAUUCCUCUAGAAGAUUUUAUGUUCCCUAAACUACAAAGGUACGAUAUAGUUGGAGAAUAUUAUAGUAGCGAUCAGGAGGCGUUUAGAAGAUUGGCUAUUCAAGAUUUCUCAUCUUCAUUAAGUGCAUUUAACAAUUUAUUUUGCAAUGUGGAAGCGUUGAGUUUGAGGAAUGUUGGUGGACAAAAGAAUAUUGUGCCAAGCAUGGAUGAAAUGGGAGUAAAUGAGUUGACUUCUCUGCAGCUCAAAUCUUGCAAUGAUAUGGAAUUCUUGAUUGAUACAAAAAAGGAUCAAGGGUCAACUGUUGCAUUCUCUAAUUUGGUGGAAUUAAUUAUCGAAAGCAUGGCUUCUUUGAAAGGGUUGUGCUAUGGUGUUUCUCCGACUAGGUUCUUGCAAAACCUUAAGGAAGUGAUCAUUAAAGAUUGUGAGGAGUUACAAGUGAUAUUUCAAAUAGAUAAACUUUCUGAAAAAAUGAAAUGUCAGACACCAUUGCUCUCAAAUUUAACAAUAUUGAGGCUACAUUCAUUGCCGAAAUUGAAGAGGAUAUGGGAAGUAAAGCCAUCCCAUCGUGCAAUUGCAAGCCUCCAAAGUCUAAAGGUUGUGAGCAUUGAAUCUUGUGAUAAUCUGAAAACAAUCUUCUCACCUUGCCUAGCUUUAAGUAUGUUGCAUCUACAACAACUUUAUAUAAGCUACUGCGAUCGACUAGAGCAAGUCAUUGGUUUUGGCCAAGAAGACGAGAUUAUUGAGAAUGAUUGUCUUCUUUAUUGCUGGCCGAAAUUGAGAGUUCUUCGCAUAAAAGAUUGUGAAAGUUUGAAAUAUAUUUCUACAAACACUUUGAUUCAAUCCUUGGAAUCUGUCUUCAUAGUGAAAUGUCAUCAACUUAUACAAAUCUACAACAUGGAACAAAACAUUGUGCUUCCUGAACGUGGAUCACAGGAAUAUCUGACAAAUUUAACUUCUUUGGAGUUAAGAUCAUUGCCAAAAUUGAAGUACAUGUGGAAUGGACCUUUGGUGCAUUUGCAAUAUCUCGUGAUUUGGAAUUGCAACUCUUUAGAACAUUUGUCAAAUAUAAAAGAUCAGUCUUCUCUGUUCUUGCCAAAAUUGAAAGAUGUCAGGAUUAGUGGAUGUGAAAACUUGAAAUAUUUGUGUUCAAGUCAAGGACUUCCCUGCCUGGAAGCUAUUGAUAUAAAAGAUUGUCCUCGACUUAUACAAAUCUUCAACAUGGAAAAAAAUAAGGAUGGAUUUGGAUUACAGAAUGACUCUUCUCUUUGUUGCUGGCCGAAAUUGAGGAUUCUUCGCAUAGAAUUUUGCCGAAAUUUGAAAUAUGUUUGUGCAAACACUUGGACUCAAGGGCUUCAAUCCUUGGAAUCUGUUUACAUAAGACAUUGUUCUCAACUUAUACAAGUCUUCAACAUGGAACAAAAUAAGCAUGGACAAGAUAUUGUGCUUCCUGAACUUGGAUCACAGAAUCACUGCUGGACAAAACUGAAAACUCUCCGGAUAGAGGAUUGCCAACUAUUGAAAUAUCUGUUUGCAAACACUUUAUCUCAGGGAUUUCCAUUGUUGGAAUCUAUUUACCUAAAGAACUGCCCUCAACUACUACAAGUCUUCAGUUCGACAGAAGAAAGGGAUGUGAUUGAUGAUCACAUUCUACUUAAUGUGCCCUUUCUGAAAAAUUUAGAAGUGUCAAAUUGUCCCCAAAUCUCAUGCUUCAUUUUACAAGCUCAGCUCAUAGAGGAUUUGGUUCUUAGUAACGUGGGAAAUAGCCGCCAAUUAUGCAACACUGAUGUUCCUGUAUUGAAUGAAGGUUGUAUAGUAGUUGGGAAUCAAGAAGAAGUAUUUCAAGUUCAAGGCGGGUACUCGUUCUCAACCAUAAAAUUAUUGGAAUUGAGGAAUUUGUUUGAAGUGCGGGUUAUAUGGAACGAUUUUGCUCAAAUUGUAACCCUUGAGAACCUUACAACUCUAACACUGAGUGGUUGCAAUAAGCUAAGAUAUAUAUUUUCGCCUAUGAUGGCUCGCAGUUUAUCACAUUUGGUGGAUCUUUUCAUCGAGUGGUGUGAGGAAAUAGAACGACUCAUUUUAGCCAAGGAUCAAGUUUCUUCUUCAUCAUCCAAUGGUGAUACUAGCCUCCAACCCAUGAGCUUUCCAAAUUUGAAACGAAUCAUUGUUAUAAACUGUAAAAAUUUGAACAGUCUUUUUCCUUUUGGAUUUGUUCCUGUUCUUCUAAAGCUUGAAACUCUCAUAGUUACAAGGAAUUCUAAAUUGGAACAAGUAUUCGAAUUAGAAGAAAAAGUGGAAGUGGUAGCUGAAGAGGAGAUGAAAUUUGAUAAAUUAGAAUGGUUAUCACUUGAAAAACUACCUGGCCUCAUUCACUUUUGUCCCAAAGGAUAUCAUUUUGUAUUCCCAGCAAUGAUAGAGUUGGAAGUAAGAGAUUGCCCUAAGUUGGCUACUGGUUUCUUCAUUGAUUCACAGGAAUUUGUACAUUGCAAAACAAAGGCUACUCAGUUGGUUGAGCAAGUUGCGGUUGAAGAGCCUACCACUGUUCGAAAUGCAAUUUUCAACGAGAAUAUAGAUUGGAGCCGAGGUGGGGGUGAGAGUCAACUACCACACAUUACAUGAAAGAAUGGAUGAUUUUAGGGUAGCUUUCAAAGCCAUGUUAUUAUAAGGGUAAGCUACCAAAAUAGUCACUUUUGUUUGCCUUAGGUUACAUUUUAGUCACUUAUGUUUGAAAUAUUAUGUUUUAGUCAUUUACGUUAUCGUGUUGUAACAUUUCAGUCACUGAGUCGUUAAUUGCCAACAAUGGUGUAAUGUUAAGCUGAUGUGGCAUGUUAAAUCAUCAUUUCAAACAAAAAUUUUAGGUUAAAUUCUACAAUUGGUCCCUAUAUUUUUUCAUUUUAAACAAUUUUAAAAUUUUCUUUUAAGUUCUUUUAACUUUUUUUUUCCAUUCUCUUCUGCUUCUCCCUCUAUUUUCCUCUAUUCUUCAUUUCUUUUAACAUAGUUUUUCUAUGUUUUCCAUCUGUAACUAGUCCACAAGCUCGCCUCACUCGGAAAAAUUAAAUUGGUCAAAAAAAUAAAACAUAGCAAAACUACGUUGAAAGAAAUGGAGAAAGGAGGAAAACAAAUACGUUGAAAGAAAUUAAAUGGAGAAAGGAGGAAAACAAAGGGAGAAGCAUAAGAGAAUGGAAAAGAAAGAAAGUUAAAAAAACAUAAAAGAAAAAAAUAUGGGACCGAUUGUAUAAAUUAACCUAGAAUUUUUGUUUGAAAUGAUGAUUUAAUGUGCCACAUUAGCUUAUUGUUACAGAGUUAAUAGAAAUUAACGGCUCAGUGACAAAAAUGCUACAACAUGAUAACAUAAGUGACUAAAACGUAACCUGAACCAAACAAAAGUGACUAUUUUAGUAGUUUACCCUUAUUAUAAUUAUCAUCUUUUGGCUUUUACAUUUAUAAUUUAUUUAUUUUAAACCUCCUUUACUUAUUUUGUAUAUUUCAACCAUAUUGUAUUUUUAUUAUGUACAUAUAUUAUUGUUUUAUUAUUAUCAAACUCUUCAUUUAAUAUGCAUUAUUUAUUUAAAUUAA